AUAAAACAAUUUUUAGUUUUGCAAUUAUUCUCAAACGAAGCCGAAGAGCUCGAACAGGGAGACGGUCUCCAAUGGAACAAGAGGACUCCCCUGUGCCCCAAUCUGCCGGGAGAGAGGAUUUCGGAAAAUUUCAGCACGGAUGCGAGCAUUAUAGGAGGCGUUGCAGAAUCCGAGCCCCAUGCUGCGACCGAAUCUUCACCUGUCGCCAUUGCCACAACGAGGCCAUGACUUCGCUGAGCAAUCCUAAGGACCGUCACGAACUCGUUCGGCAGGACGUUAGACAAGUGGUUUGCUUGAUUUGCAACACAGAGCAAGAGGUUGCUAAGUCUUGUUGCAAGUGCAAUGUUAAUAUGGGAGAAUACUUCUGCGGCAUCUGCAAAUUCUACGAUGAUGAUACCAGGAAAAAGCAGUUUCAUUGUGAUGCGUGUGGUAUCUGUAGGGUUGGUGGUCGUGAAAAUUUCUUUCACUGUGAAAAAUGUGGAUCUUGCUAUUCCACUCCUCUGCGUGAUAACCACAUGUGUGUUGAGAACUCCAUGAAAAGUUUUUGCCCCAUCUGUUAUGAGUUUCUUUUUGACUCAAUAAAAGACACAACUGUUAUGCCUUGUGGUCACACAAUACAUUUGGAGUGCUUUAGAGAGAUGGAAUCACAGAAUCAAUACCGUUGUCCUAUUUGCUCGAAGACAGUUAUGGACAUGUCUGCAAGCUGGGCAUUGCUGAAAAUGGAGAUUGACUGCACACCGAUGCCGGAGGAGUACAGCCACGAGGUAUCAAUUCUUUGCAACGACUGCAGCCAUACGAGCAAAGUUCGUUUUCACAUUUUGGGACACAAGUGCAGUCAGUGCAAUUCAUUCAAUACUAGGAGGAUUUCUACCGGAGACGUCAAUGAAAACUGAAGGUAAAGAAGUAUGAGGCUCUCUUAAUCUCAACAACUAGGUUAUGUUGAACGUUUGAUUAUUGGAGUCAUUGAUCCAUUUAGGAAGUCAACUAUGAUUGGUUUAUACCUAUGAAUUCAGUCACAUGAAGUCAAGUAGUGCGAUCUUCUAUAGGAAGAGUCUCAGAUUUUUUUUUUCUUUUCUUUUUCAUUGUAACAUUUAGCAUUCAUCUUGAAAAAUAUAUAUCAUAUUAGAUGCAUUUUACA